AUGUGCCUAGAAAACAAGCAAAUCGAAAUCGAAGAUCUUCGUGCUAGACUCGAGAAAGAAAUCAACAUAUCAAAGUCACUGCAUGAAGAUUUAGACCUAAGUCGGAAACUAGUCCUGGAGCGGGAUGAACAGUUGAAUGAAUUGAGUACUAAGUUACGAGCUGCGGAACUCAAAUGUCAACAGACUGAAGAUCAUCUUUCUCGAACUUCCACGGAUUUAGCUCUUGAACGAGCCCGUUGCGAUGAUCUCACACUUUCCUUGCAAGAAAGUGAAACGUUGCUGACGCAGGUUGGUUAGGU